AUAUCAUUUGCCUAAUUUUAACGAUUGGCGAUUGCUAGAAAGCUUACCGGUGGUUCAGAUAGAUAGCACUAGCGGCAAACAUGAGACACACACAAGAAGCAUGGAGAGCGAGGUAGCGAGUGUUUUGCCUAAUAGGAGUAGUUGACUUUUAAUAUAACAUGGCAAGUAGCACGACAGACGAAAAACAGUCGAUCAGAGAAUCUGCGAAACAACCUAAAAAGUAUGGCAGCUUUUGUAAUCAUGUUAGCCGGCAAGAUAAUUGUAUCAAACACAUAAUAGUGGAAGGCGAUACUCUGCAAGGAAUUGCUUUGAAAUACGGUGUAACUAUGGAGCAGAUUCGCCGACUUAACCGAUUAUGGGCAACAGAUAGUCUCUUUCUUCGUGAAUAUUUGCUUAUACCAGUACCUGCAGACAAGGCUUUAUCAGCAAGCCAGUCAUCAACUGAUGUUAAUCCUGCAAGGUCACCAGGCUCUCCAGACAGCACUCACUCAGAAGAGAGAAGCAUCAAUGACUUUCUGGUUCAUAUUGACAAUUCCAUAGCAAACAUGAAAAGUCAAGUGAAGAAAACACAAGGAAAUAGUGAAUUCUGUAGUUCUUCUGAUGACGACAUGUUUGGCCGUAGAAGAACUACACGAUCCCGGCUUCGGCAGCAGCAGUUUGAAGCAUCCUCAGGGGUGACACCAAUGCAGGGUGCAACAGCAGUUCUUGCAGCAUCUUCACAGUCACACAAUGAUGUGCUGAGUAUGCCUCAAACUUUAGUAAUGACGCAAGGACGCAAAGUCCGUUCGUCGUUACAGAGGUUGCAGAAAGAACAAGAUGAAAUGUUUGAAUUGUAGCAUUUACUCUGUCCUAAUGAAUGUUAUGCAGUUCUUGCCUGUUAUACUGUACAGGUAGAUUGCAGACAGUACGGUGAGUUCUGGCCAACUCUCCUUUGUGACUGAUUGAGUAAUGCUCUUUCAGGAUGUGCUGACUUGCAUAAACCUUUGAUUGUGUUAUGCUAAAGGUCUAAUACAAGAGUUGAGAGUUAAUGUGUGUUUCGAGCCAACUGUGUUAGAUUUGGCUAAACAGAAGAAUAAAAUGAAAUUCAUUCAUCAUACAUAUCAUCUGAUUUAAACUUUCUAAUGAGUUAAUGUUUGUUACACAGUAUUUCGGAUAUGUACUGUGAUUCGGGUUUGGUAAAGUUGUAUUAAUAGUAAACCUACAUUGCUCUCCAAGCUACUUUUGCUUUCUUCCCUAUCAUGUUUUUAAUGCAGUUUAGUAUGACACAUUUGGAUUGCACACUUUUUCCAAAGCUUUAUAAAUUUCUUACUGUUUCCCUCAUUGUCACAGAUAAUUUCUGAGUAACUGUCUUCCACUGAAUCCGUUAUUAUGUAGUGAUAAACACUGCCUUUUCAAAAUGAUACAGAAAAGAUGUAACUUUUGAAAAUUGUUUCCAUUUAUUAAAAGGUAGCUUCUUUAUGGCCUUUAUUUUAUGGGUUAGCCUGUUAAUUGAUGGCUAAGGUCUGGUGAGAUCUUUUAUAGUCUCCAAAAGUUAUAUUUUGGAGUGAGUACAGUUCCUCAGUAUAUUGUAAACAAGAAGUGAUUCAAAAAUGAGAGCUGGGCCUCAAUAAAAUGGAUUAUUUUAAUUUCCCUUAAAUGGAUUUAAAAGGCAAUUAUGUGGAUUUUAAAUAUGCCUUACAUUAGACAUACAGUCCUCAUUUUUGUGUGUAAAAUUACAAGAAUGUUCAUGUAAUUGUUUUUAAAGUUGCACACUGAAUUAAAAUAUUAUUUUUCAUAUUCAUCACACCUACAUAUAAACAUUCGAGAGGAUUGUGGCAGUUACAGUUUGAAUAAUGUGUGGGAAAAUAUAUUGUUUUAUUUUGAUCUUGAUAGGGUUUCUGAUAAAGUGUUAGUAAAAUUUGUGAACAUGCAGCUAUUCUUUGCAGUUAAGUGCAAUAAAAAAUAUAGGUAUGUACCUGAUAGAUAAGAAUAUUUUGUUUGCAUACAAGGUCUUUCCAUUACUGAUGAUACUCGGUGAGGAUGUUAAUUAUGGACUCCACUUAUUGAACAGAAUGUUGCCUUUGAUAGGCUGGUUAUGUAAUGUGAAUGUUGACUUUAACAGAUCUUUCUCGUGUUAAAUGUCAUUAUAACAAUUUUUUUCUUAACCUGUUAUUGUAAUAAGCAUGCUGCUAUUAAGUAAACUUACCAUAAUAUUCAAACAACAAUACAGUUAACUGGUGAUUAAUGUAUUGUUGCAGCUAUUCCAGGUGUGCAAUAAUCUAUUCAAUGGAGAUUGUUUUCAGUUCUUUAUGUUCAUUCGUUUGAGAACUAUGAUAAAAUAAUUGGACAAUGUACUUCAAAGCAAAAAAUAUAUGACAAGAAAUUCA